UAGCAAACACAUGCCAUUUAUCAUCAUAUUAAUAAAUUAACCUCAAUGAAUAUGGAGACAGGUGGAAUUAAUACUCAAUCGGUUGAUGAAUCCAUGUCAACUAUGCAGCAAGAAGUUGAAACAGCAAGUGAAGUAAGUGCACAUGGGCUUAAACGUAGUGCACGUGCUGUAUCACCCAUAACAUCUGAAGAUGAAUUUACAAGUGAUAGUAGCGAUGAUGAUGAUGAUGAUGAUGAUGAUGAUGAUGAUGAUGAUAAUUAUAAUGCUCUUUCAUGGGAAGAGUUGAGUCUUAAAAUGAAAAAAGAUUAUGAAAGAAAACUAAUCGAGGCUGACGAAAAAAAUUUCAAAGAGCGUGUCACACGCAUGAAACCUAUCCGGUCACUAUUUGGUACUCAUCCAGAACUUGAAAAAAUUGCCAAGAAUUGGGACAAUAGUUUUGUUGAUUCAAAUUUAACAGAAUACUCAUAUACUGAUUCUACCAGGGAUGGACGUGAAACUAACCCUGAAGAUUUGAAAUAUAUAGUCAAUCUCUGUGGAAGUAGCUUGACAACUCUGAAUAUUUAUAAAUAUUGUUCUUCUUCAAUAAUGCCAUUGAUUAAGUCUAAUUGUUCAAAUCUCAAAAAACUGAUAAUGCACUUUCACACAAUAGAGGAUCAAGAUUUUGAAAAUUGUUUUUCCAAUAUGCCUCAACUUGAAGUACUGAUGAUUCAAUUUAAAUGUGAAAAUUCAACUGUACCAAUGACUUUGGCUAAGUCAUUAGAACAAGUUUGUGAAACCUUGAAAACGUUUUCAAUUCAUCAGGAUGAACUUUGCUCACCAGAUUCAUCAGUUUCAGUAAUUUCUCCAUCAACUGAAGCUUUAAUGACUGUCAUUGGUAAUAUGAGAAACAUCAACAAGUUAGCAGUUCGUUUAGAUCAUGGUAUUACAGAUGAAUUCCUGAAAAAUCUUAUCAAUAAUGCUAAAAACAUAAGCUCUUUAAAUUUAAGGGGUACACAUAUUACUGAUGCUGGUAUAAUAGCACUUAAUAAUGCAAAACAAUUAGAAUCCUUUAGACUUGAGUUAUUUAACGAACAAUCAGCAAAUAAAUUCAUCACUGAUCAAUCACUUCAGCAAUUAUCCAACGAGAAAAUAACAUCGUUGACGCUUUCAAAUUGCGUUAAGGUCACUAAUAAAGGAGUAAUUGCACUUGCUAAAAACUUACCAAAUUUGCAAUCUUUGUUUGUUUGUAAUACAGAGGUAACAGAUGAAGUUCAUGAAGAAAUUGAUAAAUUGAAAAAACGUGGUGAAACAAAUUUAGUCUUAUUACAUUGUUUCAAGGGGCAAUUAUAAUUCCAUAUAUAGUAAACGAAAAGCCAUGUUUCUCGGUAUAUAAAGCAGCUGGAAAUACUGAUAAUGAGUAACAUGUACA